UCUCACUAAGUAGAAAUUAGAAAGCAAAUAUACUAGUAGAUUCACAAUACUCAGCACGAAUUUGUUGUCACUGAUCUUCAUUCUUGAUUUAUUUUACUGAGGAGCUCUUUGUUGUGUUCUUGCAAGGCUUGGUAAAAUAUGGACUUUGCUAGUAUGGACCGUGCACAACUCACUCUGGUGGGAUCAGGAUUUUCUGCUUUGCUUUCAAUGCAUUUCACGAUACAGCUCUUGUCGCAACACCUCUUCUUCUGGAAAAACCCAAAGGAGCAAAAGGCAAUAAUCAUGAUUAUAUGUAUGGCUCCCCUUUAUGCCAUUGACUCGUUUGUGGGUUUGUUAGAUAUUCGUGGAAGCAAAACAUUUUUCAUGUUUCUAGACUCAGUUAAAGAAUGCUACGAGGCUGUGGCAAUUGCCAAAUUUUUGGCUUUGAUGUAUUGUUAUUUGAAUAUAUCCAUCAGCAAAAACAUUGUGCCUGAUGAAAUCAAGGGGAGGGAAAUUCAUCAUUCCUUUCCAAUGACUCUAUUUCAGCCCCGCACUGCUCUCUUAGAUCACCGGACACUGAAACUUCUCAAGCAUUGGACAUGGCAGUUUGUCAUCAUCCGUCCAGCAUGCUCUAUCUUGAUGAUCACGUUACAGAUUCUUGGGUUGUAUCCGAGUUGGCUCAGCUGGACGUUUACCAUCAUUCUCAAUAUUUCAUUCUCAGUGGCCAUGUACUCCUUGGUUGUUUUCUACCAUGUUUUCUCAAAGGAACUGCAGCCACACAAACCACUUUCAAAGUUCAUCUGCAUCAAAGGGAUAGUUUUCUUCAGCUUUUGGCAGGGGUUGCUGGUUAAAAUUCUAGUCUCGUGGGGAAUUAUCAAAUCUCACCAUUUUUGGUUGGAUGUGGAGCACCUUCAGGAAGCCAUUCAGAAUGUUUUAAUUUGUGUGGAGAUGGUUUUCUUUUCUGUUAUGCAGCAAUAUGCAUACCAUGUGGCUCCUUACAGUGGUGAUGUCGAAGCAAAGUUGAAACUGAAAAAGGAUGACUAAGUUGAUG